AGCUAGACCAAGAGUAGCAAGCCACCUCGGGCUAAAACAAGCUUUGGCUAAGCACGAGGAAAAUCGCAUUCAAACUCACGUUCACCGCAAUAAAUAGCCAGGCUUAACAUCUAGUGGUACCAAAUAGUGAAUUUACGCAGCUUCUCACACCAAUCCAUCCACAACGAGGAAAUGGAGGACGGACAGACAAUACAGUACCACGUUGAGUCUGCGCUUACGUUCUUGGGCCCUCUCUUCUAGGAGAGCCGAAACGCCAUCAUGGCCUCGAAGUCACCCGUUACGCAUCCAGACAACCGAAAUGCAUCCAUACCAGAGGCAGCAUCGCCAUCAAUAUCUGGAGUCUUGUCUAGAUCCAGGACCGGGUCUACUGUCUACAGAUCUGAUACUGCGAGGCGUCUGCAACUCAAGUCGGUGCUACUCCAACAGACGCUGGAUUGGCAUACGGCUACGAUGGCCAUUAAAGCGUCGAUACCACCGGCUGUGCUUGUAUGCGCCAUUCAAUCGAAUAGUUGGAUCAAUCACUUCAAGACCAAUGCUUAUUUAGCUCCCAUUAUAUCUACGUGUGUUUUGCCGGCUCUCCCCCGCGCAAUGCUGAUUAGACACAAUAUUCGACUCACUUUUGUAAUUGUUUUAGCCUAUUGCUGGGCACUGCUUGCUGGUUGGUGUGGUGUUCAAGCCAGACAUCAUACGACACACAGCCUCAACGAUACAAGCGCCUAUAAUUCUUCAGCAGAGGCGGUCGUGGCCAUCUUCUUGAUAUUUUGGAUUUGGUGCACGUUCACAGUAAAGUCAGCGUUUCCCAAUUGGGGCCUUCAAUGCACCUUGGCUGGCAUCUUCACAGUCGCGACACUACCAAACAUUGCUAGAGCCCCUACUAUGCCAGAAGUGAUUGAUGAGACCAAUGUUAUAUUGGAGGCUUUCUUGGUGGGACAGGCUGUUGGCUUUGUCAAUGCACUUAUCUUAUUCCCUCAAAGCUGCAGAGGGCUCUUCAGAAAAGAUGUAGGAUUCUGUCUUGAUGAGCUGGUGGCUGUCAUGCAGGCUCAAAGGAAAUGCAUGGAAGAAACCUUACUAAAGAAAGCCUCUACUAUAGGAGAAGAAGAGAAUGGCAGCUCAUCCAUCGGUCAGCUCGAAGGCGCUCUACAACGAUUUGUCAAUGCAGUUGAAAAAUCUCGCCAGGACAGUGAGUACGCGGCGUGUGAGAUCUCUUGGGGCGUCUUUGAUCAUGCAAAGCUGGAAGAAAUUUCUUCAUUAUUGCUCGAUCUCAUACCACCUGUAUCUGGUUUGAGCUCAGUAGCAGAUAUGCUACAACUACAUGUCGAUGGAUGUAAUAUCACCAGCGAUGCUGGUGAUAAUAGUGACUCUGAUGAGGCGGGCAAUACUACAUCAAGGGACGAUGGCUGGCAACAUCUCGAAAUGGCGAUGGAUCAAAAUUCAAGACAGAUGUCUGAUACGAUCAUUAAAGGCGUCGAGCACGCUAAACUUCGACUAAAGUUGACAAAGCGUCGACCUAUGUUCAAAAGUUACCGCGUCAAAAAUACCGAUGAAGAGCAUGAAGCUGGUAUUACGCAGCCGGGAGAUGUGACAUUUCUCGAGUCAUUUCGCGACGUGUUUAGCCAUGGCCGCGUUCUCAGUCACGAAAAUGAAGAUAUGAAUAACAAAGAACUGCUUGAUUGCUAUAUCCAGCAUCGGCCGCAAAUUGGGAAUUUGAGUCAAUACACUUCCGAAAUGCAUUACAAUACGUUACGAUACUUUCUAUUUCUUCACUCUCAAACCAUCCUCUCGUCCUUGGGAGAAGAAUUUCUCAAGCUCCUCGUUUACUUUGACGAAUGUUAUACCCACUCCAGGCGGCUGCUUAUUCCACGCUUUCUUCAACCUCGAUAUUGGAUUGAAAGAUUUAUUUCCCGGGGAGGCGUACCCCGAGACGGUGCUUCUCAAAAUACAGGUGCUCAAACCAGCAUCAAACUUGGUUCUUCGUUUUACAACCCCAAAAAUCCUGACCAUCUCCCGCCUAGCAACUUUAUGGAGACUAUAGGAGAUUAUAUUCGAAAGAUCAGCUCCAUUUUCCGUAGUGACCAUGCAGCAUACGGGCUCCGAGGUGCUUGUGCCAUUAUGACCAUUGGUAUUAUUGCAUUUCUUCAUGAUUCGCAGGACUUCUAUUUCGCGCAACGGUUUCUCUGGGCAUUGUUUGCCAUUUUACUUUCCAUGGCCCGUACCGCCGGAUCCUCAACCUUUCUUUUACUCGGUCGGGUACUUGGCACAAUUGCUUCAAUGAUAGCAAGCUAUAUCAUUUGGUAUGUGGUCGACCAGAAGACUCCUGGUAUAUUAGUCUUCCUUUGGCUGUGGUUCCUCGUCCUUGGCUAUCUAUUCGUCAAAUUCCCUGAUUUCUUCAGCAUAUGGUUUGUUGCUCUUGUCGCUUCGAUUGUGAUGAUAGGAAAUGAACUGCAAGUACGCAAGCUGGGAAAAGAAGCAAUCAUCAAAUCCGGUCAAGUAGUCUAUCCGCCAUAUAUAAUAUUUCCUUAUCGGCUUGCUGUCGUCACCCUCGGUGUCCUCACUGGUUACUUCUGGACAAUAUUCCCUUAUCCUCUCUCUGAACAUUCUGAGCUCCGCGAAAAUAUGGCAAAAGCUAUGUAUGGGUUAGCACGCUAUUACAUGUGCAUCCAACAAACAAUCCUUGCACGUCUUAGCGGCAAUUUUGGCGACAUCAGCGAUAAAACGAGCCCCGGGUUUCACCUUCAGGCGGCUCGUCGCCGCAUUUUCCAUAGGUACCAAGCCUUGAACACUAGAGCUAAAACAAGCUUCCAGUUUCUUGACUGGGAAUUUUCGCUUGGUGGCCGCUUUCCUAAGCAAACGUAUGGAGAAAUGCUCUCCAUUCUCGAGCGCCUGGUAAGCUAUAUGACUCUCUCAAGCUACGUAUCUCAGGAGUUGAAGGCUCCUGAUGCCACUUCGUCUUGGUGGGCCCACGACCCAACCGGCACAGCUCAAGUUCAUUUAACUCCAGGAGGCGUCACAACGAGAAUGAUCAUACUGCAUUCUGCGCUGAGUAGGGCUCACCCGCUGCCACCAGAAUUAGAGGAGUUAGGAAUACCUCACCUGGGUGAGUUCUUAACUAGGGAUGUACCUGCAGAUGAGAGAUUUGCAGCCGCAGCAUUAAUCCAUAGUGUUAAUUGGUAUUUGAUUCGCGAUAUCAACCGUUUGACUGAGCUAGCAAGGGAACUCGUGGGAGAACUAAACUUCUCGUUUGUUAUUGUUCAUGAUAAUUAUAUUGAAAGCGGCCAAUGACAGCGCUAUCUGUAGUCAUUAGUUUGGUAAAAGCGAUAUUUACAAC